UGUCGGCCGGGGUACAUCGGGCCUCUGUGCCAAAGCCUGGACCCCUGUCACCGGUCGCCAUGUCUCAACGGAGCCGCCUGCAAGAGCCAGGUGGCCAACGGAAUCCCACAAUUCACCUGUGUGUGCCAGAGAGGGUUCAGAGGUACAUCUGUCUGUCUGUCCAUGUGGAUUAGUGUUUACUUAGAGAGUGGUGUGGGAAAGAGCUGAUCUGUGCAUAUUUAUGUACAGUAUGCAAGUACAAUGACGAGAGGCAGUUGAAGGCUCAUGCAUGCUUAUAACAAGUUAUAAAGCAUAUAUUAGGUUUAGGUGUUACCUAAAAUGUUCAUAAUGAGACAUUGCACCCCUUAUAUAUCUACAGGUCAAGACUGCUCCCUCAUAGACGCCUGUGCCACCAGCCCCUGUGCCAAUGGUGCCCGCUGUGCCAAUUGGAAUAACCACUACAACUGUUCCUGCCCGCCCGGGUUCCAGGGGAAGAACUGCCGCAACGAUAUCGAUGAGUGCCGCAAGCCUGGCGUCUGUCUCAACGCAGGCCUCUGCAUGAACACCCAUGGUUCCUUCCGCUGCCAGUGCCCACCUGGGUACAGCGGGCGCACCUGCGAGGUGUCCUCCCUGCCCUGCGCCCCCUCCCAGUGCAUCAACGGGGGCACCUGCCGCCCGACCGGAGAUCACACCUACGACUGUGCCUGCCUGCCAGGUAAACUGAUUGGCUCAUAAACUGACCCCCACACACAAACACACACACACAGUGCCUCAACACAGACCCCAGAGCCCCACCAGUCACCGUGAACCCCAGGUCUUUCCCAGGGUUUCCCAGGCAGGCUGUGUGACGUAGCUGCCAGUGCUGCAUCCUGGUGGGAUGUGGGAUCUACUCCCCUGUCUUUCCCAUUUUCCCAGGUCAUGCCUCUCUCUCUCUCUCGCUCUCUCUCUCUCUCUCUGGCUGCUAUUAAUAGCUUGUUGACGGGACGGGGGACUAACAGGGGUGGGAGAGGAGAGUGGGCCGCUGCUCUACUCCAAACUGCUUCCUUCAGGAGGAAUUUACUUCAUGGCCCUUCUGGCUUCCCUCCUGGGAGCUGACAGGAAAUGUCUCUGGGCCGGAGAGGAAGUCAUUGAAACUGUGAGAGAUUAUAAAACAAGCAAACAUGGCAGAGAGUAGUGGACCUCUGGAGCGCAGCACAGCGCUGUGUGUCAGCCCGGUGGUGUCAGGGCCCUCCCUGGUGCUCUGCUGCUGCCUACUGUGGGAAACACCACGCCAUGAGAACAUGUAAACACUUAGACGCCCACUGAACAUUUUUACUGCCCCUCUCAGCCCUUUACCUCCACAGCUGUGGGAAGUGAGGGGAAUGUUUAGGAAGACUAUAUGGAUGGAAGUGGGGGGCAAUGGAUGUGUUAGUGAGCACUUAACUCUAAUGGGAGUGCCUGUUAUCCCUGAGAUUUAGCCUCUUGGCUCACCUCUCUCUCUCUCUCUCUUUCCCUCCUCUCUGUUCUCUCUCUCUCACUCUCUCUCUCUACAGGGUUCGAGGGACACAACUGUGAGACGAACGUGGACGACUGCCCAGGGCAUAAGUGUAUGAAUGGAGGCCUGUGUGUGGAUGGAGUCAACACCUAUAAUUGCCAGUGCCCACCUGAGUGGACAGGUCAGUACUGUGCAGAGGAUGUCAAUGAGUGCCUUAUGCAGCCCAAUGCCUGCCACAACGGAGGCACCUGUUUCAACACCAUCGGGGGGCACACCUGCGUGUGCGUCAACGGCUGGACAGGAGACGACUGCAGCGAGAACAUCGACGACUGUGCCACCGCCGUGUGCUUCAACGGAGCCACCUGCCACGACCGCGUGGCGUCCUUCUUCUGCGAAUGCCCUGUGGGGAAAACCGGUGAGUCCACUGUCUCUCUGUGUCCCAGUUAGGGUUGUGAAAUUCCGGGAACUUUCCCCAAAUUACCUGGUUUUCCUGAAAUCCCCAUCUGGAAAACCAGGGAAGUUUAGGGAAUUUUGCAGUCCUAGUCCCAGUCAGCAGUAUGUUAGUUAUGGUCUUGUUUAUUUACUCAUAGGAGGACAGUGUUACUGACAUGGCUCUGUUUGUCCCUGUGUCCCCUCCCUCAGGUCUGCUGUGUCACCUGGACGACGCUUGCGUCAGCAACCCAUGUAACGAGGGCGCCGUGUGUGACACCAACCCCCUGAACGGGCGCGCCAUCUGCACCUGUCCCGCCGGCUUUGUGGGCGGAGCCUGCAACCAGGACAUGGACGAGUGUUCCAUUGGUAAAAUGGCAUAUUAUUUAGCAUUGCCCUCUGCUUUGUGUUGGUCCUAUCUCACCUGGUCCUGCCCUAUAUGUACUGUGUGUGAGCGGGUGCACUGACCCCUGUUCCCUCUUCCUACAGGUGCCAACCCCUGUGAACACUUUGGGAAGUGUGUAAACACGGAGGGGUCCUUCCAGUGCCAGUGUGGCCGAGGCUACGCCGGCCCCCGCUGUGAGAUCGACAUCAACGAGUGUCUGUCCAUGCCCUGCCAGAACGAUGCCACCUGUCUGGACCGAAUCGGAGAGUUCACCUGCAUCUGCAUGCCAGGUAGGACCACCCUGACCCCGACCACCUGGAGACACCUCACAGCACAGAACUACAGCCAGGGAACGACAGAGAAGUACAGCUAGGGAACUACCGGGAACUACAGCUAGAGAACUACAGCCAGGGAACUACAGAGAAAUGCAGCUAGGGAACUACAGGGAACUACAGCUAGAGAACUACAGCCAGGGAACUACAGAGAAAUGCAGCUAGGGGACUACAGGGAACUACUGCUAGGGAACUUAGCCAGGGAACUGCAGAGAAGUACAUCUAGGGAACUACAGCCAGGGAACUACAGCCAUGGAACUACAGCCAGAGAAGUACAGAGAAGUACAGCUAGGGAACUACAGCCAGGGAACUACAGCCAGAGAACUACAGAUAAGUACAGCUAGGGAACUACAGCCAGGGAACUACAGCCAGAGAACUACAGAGAACUACAGCCAGGGAACUACAGGGAAGUACAGCUAGGGAACUACAGCCAGGGAAUUACAGCCCAGUCCUGUCACAUCUCAUCUCUCACUGCUCUCCCAUCCCUCUUGUUUACUAUAGACCCUCUGAGCCCCAGACACACUGGAGAUGAUGGCUUUACACUUGACUUUCGCAGAGUAGCUGUAGCCAUAGCUCUAACCCUCCACCAACCCUCAGCACUAGAUCUUGUUAUGUAACACGUUCUCACUGCUGCUGCUGGUGGUGGUGGUGGGCUAGAGAGGUGCUCAUAACUUUGACACCGGUGGUCCCAGUAAGACAGCCAGCCAGUGUGUUAGUUAGAACGGUACAGAAUCAAGGCUCCCGACCCUCCUUCACAAACACAUUGAAACUCUCACGCAUGGCACCGUCCUCAGUCCAUGCAUCCUGGCUGGGGGUUUGGUUUGGGGGACUAUGCAAAUUAGGGAUGGGAGUCGUGGUCUAUAGGGCUGGAUGGUGAGAGAGAGAGGGAGAGAGAGAAGCGAGGCGAGGGGGAGGAGUGUGCUGUGAAUAAUAAUGAGCAGUGGAGUGGUGGGAAUGGAGCCGAACAAUAGGGCCUCUCUGUGCUCCACUUUGCACCCCUCAUACACACACAGAGAAGAGAAGGGAGAGAGGCUUUUUCCCAGAGCUUCUACCCUCCCCCUUCCCCUCCACCUCCCCGUUCAUGUUCCACAGACAGCCCCCUUCCUCUCCUCUCUCUCCACCCUCCUCAUCAUCGGCUAGCCUGGUGGAGUUCCAUGUGGAGUGGCCGAUUCUUCCUGAUUCCAUGCUGCCUCUGUCUCUUCAGAGCCGCCGCGGCCCACUCCACACUCAGUUUCACCUCAAUGGAGGGGACACUGCAACACUCUAUAGCACCAUACCACUGAUUAUAGGACAGUUGUCAAUGGGAAAGAUGACCCAGGGACAGGGAGUGGUAAUACUCUGUGGAACCACGGCGGGGUGUGGUGAUCCAGGUCACAGCCUUAGCCCAGGCAGCAGUUCAAUUAGGUGUAUUUGUGAUGGUUUCCCAUCCAGGGAGAAAAAGCUAACGUUCCCCCUGUGGUUUGGGGCUCUGACAAGAGCGGUGUUGAUUGAAAACCUUCUGUGGCCCCCUGAGACUGUGAGAAAACUAUUUCCACUGCUAGAACUCCCCUAGAUAGAUAGGGAAACAUUAUGGUCAUGUCUCCUGGACAUAGAAGGCCCAGAUUAAUCAUUUUAUGAAAAAGUAUGAUCUUUGAUAUUUGUGUUAAUAAUGUAUAUGCAGGGGGGUGUAUUUCUAUAGCAAUUCUGUUGAUUGUCCUGUUUGAAAAUCCAAUAAAUAUAUGUGUUAAAUAUAUAUAUAUAUAUAUAUAUAUGUGUAUUUACUUUCCAGGCUACAUGGGGACCUACUGUGAGGUGGAUGUGGAUGAGUGUGAGAGCAACCCUUGUGUGAACGACGGUAUCUGCCGGGACAUGGUCAAUGGAUUCACAUGCACCUGCCAGCCAGGUAAGAUCCGAUUCAUGUUGAAUCUCUCUAAGCUGUUUAGAUACAGCACAGAACCUCUCCAGCCUUUCAUAAUCAAAAUGUCUAACCUUGUGCCGGUGUUGGUCAGUGUGAACUGAACAGGUGUGAGAUGUGGAGUUAAAUGUCCCUGUGAAUCAGAGUGCUCCUCCUGCUAGUUGUGUCUGAUGGGAGUUUAGAGCAACCAAGCCCAGUCAUAAAAGCCAUGCAGGCCCCAGAGGCAGCCUGCCUAUCCUCUCCACUGAACAAAGACACUAUUGUGACCCCCCACAACCCCUCCCCCUUCCUCUCCCCCUCUAUGGUGGAAUGUGGAAGGGACAGCAGUCCUACUAAUGAGAUUCUUUUUCAGGUUCGCAAUUUACAUCUGGGGCAGACAUCCCCCCUCACCCCCCAUCUAGCUAUUGAGCCUGUGUAGCUGAUGCAGGCAGGGAGGGGGGGUUCCCUGAGAGAGAAAACAAUCCCACUGUCUCUCCCCCUCUAACCUCCUGCCCCAAGCAGCAACACAGACACACAGAGACACACAGACCAGGUCCAUCCUCCUCACACUGUUAAUCACCACUAGGUAUUCCUAAACCAACCGCACCAAUCGACUCCUCCAAGGGCCCCUUCCCAAUUGAUUUCUGUUGCUUUGCCAGCCAAACCUUUUCUCAGACAUGGAAUAGAAGUUAAUUUAAAGCCUACUUUGGUGUUGCCAUCUCACCAAAUUAAGAACAAGCUAUUUCAGACACUGUAGAAGAACGUGUACAAGAUUAAAUGUCUCAGCUAGUUGACCAAGGCAUUAACCAUACUCAGGAUUCUGGUUUGAUAUUUACAUGUUGGGGCAAGAAAUCCAUUUAAAUGGUAGGCAUGUGGGAGAUAAAAUCUUGCUGGGUUAAGCAAUUGGUAGAUGUGUUGGAAGUUGGAACCAUGACUUAGCAGACAUUCCAGAACACAACAUAGUCCAGACAUUCUCAAAUUCACCAGACAUCCCAGAAUGUAUAAUAACAGAACACUGCAGACUGUAGACAUUGCAGAACCUAACCCUCUCCAGAACCAUGUUUAGGUCCUAUUCUCUGGAUCACACUCUGGAUUUCAAGUCCAUGGAUCAAUGACGAUAGACCGUCGUCACCCUGUCCAGACACUUUAGAACCUUCCCAUCCCACUGUCCAGACGUCCCACAUCUAACCUAGCCUGGAGACCUCUGGCCCCUUAAGGAGCGCGGGCUGACCUCACUGUGGACCCAUCUACUGGAGCUUUUCUCUGACCCCUCACCUCUGUAUUUGCCUGUCCCAGGGUUUACUGGCACCAUGUGUCAGAUCGACAUUGAUGAGUGCGCCAGCACGCCCUGCCAGAACGGAGCCAAGUGUUACGACCGGCCCAACGGAUACGAGUGCCGCUGUGCUGAAGGUAAGGAGCAAUAAUAAUGUACAUUUAUUUUUGUCAGUGUGUGUUCUGUGUUGUGUGUGUCAGUGUGUACAUACAUGAGUGCUCCUAGACUGACAAUCACCCCCUACAGCAGGCACAUCUGUCCCCUCACCUCUAAAGGGGUUAUAGAUGGUGAUGGUCUCAUUGAGAGUGAGUGGGAUGGUGGGGUCAGAUGACUCCCUGGUUGUGUGUCUGUUGUGGCCUCAGACUGCUGGUUGGACUCAACCUGGGAGACUGUUGCUGGAGAUGGACUGGGACUGAGGCUGAGGUUGGGUUGAGUCUGGACUGAGGCCGCUAAUCCCCCCUCUUCUCCCCAGCCGGUCCCUCGGACCCCACACAGGGUCACCCAGGGCCAGCAGCUGCUGGGGGGGUGGGGGGUGGUUAGGGCUGGUCAUCACCCCGACAUCUGUUCCUCUGUACCCCACAAUACAUACCCCCACACACCCUAACACACUGCACUGGCCUUAUGGCAUAUCUUAUAGCUCAGCAUUCACAUUCACAUUAGCAUCUAUGUGUAAGAAUGUGAACAGCUCAGCUACAGUUUUUAGCUGGUUUCUUGAGCAAGUGUGUUUGUGUUAGUUUGUCUAGCGUGUGUGUGUGUGUGUGUGUUUGUGUGUGUGUUUGUCGGAGGCUGUGUCUAUGUGUGUGUAUGGGGAGCCUGUUGCAUUGUUUAGUGGUGGCCAGCUGCUUGGUAUUCCCUGUGUCCCCCCACCCCCCCCUCCUCUGUUGUUGAGUGAAGUGGCCCUGUUAGACGUGGUGUGGCCCAUUGUCCCUGGCGGGAACAAAGCCAGGCCUGUGAGCCUUGUCAAGGGCCCUACUCCUUCUACACCGCAAGGACCUGUCCCCUGGCCCACAGCACGACGGGGCCUGCCUAGCACCCGGCACAGCAGCGCUCAGCUCUCUCUGCACCACCACACCACAACGCUCUGCUCUGCUCUGCACACUAACGAACCAACUAACACUGCUCAGUCUCACACACACAACACCGUCGGCAUGGAAACCACGGGGCCCAGAACUCCAAACUGUAGAAGCUUUCAUAGAGAGAGAAAGAGUGGGAAAUAGGGGAGGUAAUAGAAAGGAAUAAAGAGGGAAGUGGAGAAAGGGAAAUGAAAGGGAAAUGGAGAUGGAGAGAAGUGAAUGGGAGAGGGGAAAUGGUAGGAAGGGGUUUGGAUGAGGAGAGGUUGCUGGGUGGCAGGCAGAUUUAAAGAAAAAAAACAGUGUCUAAAAGAUGAAGAGUGUGAUGCAAAGAACCCCCAAGAGGCCUGUUCUAAUUCCUGUUGUCUCUUUCUCCAGGGUACGAGGGCACACUGUGCGAGAGCAACACCAACAACUGCCAGCCCGACCCGUGCCACCACGGCACCUGCGUGGACGGCAUCGCCAGCUACACUUGUAACUGCGAGGCGGGCUACACGGGCUACCGCUGCGAGAACCAGCUGAACGAGUGCCAUAGUAACCCCUGCCAGAACGGGGGCAAGUGUGUAGACCUGGUCAACAAGUACAUCUGCCAGUGUCAACAUGGCACCUCAGGUGAGAGAGCAGUACCAAUAGAGAUUUAUAACACUAAAUAUCUUCAACUUUAUUCUGUUUAUGGACACAUAAUUUCUGCUGGGGUCUCUGUCAUAGUACUGCUGUUUGAUUGGUGUUCUCUCUUGUCCACACAGGUACCAACUGUGAGAUUAACUUUGAUGACUGCGCCAGCAAACCAUGUGACUAUGGCAUCUGCAAGGACGGCAUCAACCGCUACGACUGCGUGUGCAAACCAGGCUUCACCGGCCCUCUGUGCAACAUGGAGAUGGACGAGUGCUCGUCUGGCCCCUGCAGGAAACGGGGGGUACGUGUGUGGACGAGGAGAACGGCUUCCACUGCCAGUGUCCCGAGGGCUUCCAGCCUCCCUACUGCUACUCCCAGGUGGACGAGUGUGGCAGCAACCCCUGUGUGCACGGCGCCUGCAGAGACGACAUCAACGGCUACCGCUGUGACUGUGAGCCCGGCUGGGUGGGGAAGAACUGUGACCUAGACCGUAAUGACUGUCUGCCCAGCCCUUGUCAGAACGCUGGCACCUGCAUCGACCAGCUGAACGGAUUCACCUGCAAGUGUCGCCAGGGCUUCAGAGGUGAGCCUGCUGCCCUAUCCCAAACCCUAUCCCUAACUCUGACUCUAGACACACAGAGGCACUACAGCAGCCUAACAAGCAUACACCAGGCACCCGUGAUGUAUACACUCUCACAGCAUACAAACACAUGGUAGAUAAACACAAUCACUGUUUGAAAAUAAACUUGGAGAUGCAUGUAUACACCAAAACAUUUGAACAUCUACAGACCGUGUAAACUGCUGUACGUUGUUCUCAUGCCAACUGAUGUUUCAGGUAGCUUAGUGGUUAAGAGCGUUGUGCCAGUAACCGAAAGGUCGCUGGUUCUAAUCCCCGAGCCGACUAGGUGAAAAAUCUGUCGAUGUGCCCUUGAGCAAGGCACUUAACCCUAAUUGCUCCUGUAAGUCGCUCUGGAUAAGAGCGUCUGCUAAAUGACCAAUUUAUUUUUAUUUUUUUAUGUUUCACACAACUCAAGAGGCCUUGUUUGGUUUGGAUCCCAUCCAUGAAGGGUCCCAUCUAAUAUACUGGCUCAUAUCGCCCCCUAGUGGAUAUCUAAAAGAACUGCAGAGAGUGACAGCCAGUUAACAUUUACAUUUUUACAUUUUAGUCAUUUAGCAGACGCUCUUAUCCAGAGCGACUUACAGUUAGUGAGUGCAUACAUUUUUCAUACUGGUCCCCCGUUUACUAGUCUUAACUCCAUGUUAAAUUAACUUACUCAAUGACUCUACUCUGUAUCGUAAUCUAACACAUCUCCCUUGUGUCGCUCUCUCCUGCGUUGCCUAGGUAACCUGUGCCAGGUAAACAUCAACGAGUGUUCGUCCAGUCCGUGUCUGAACCAGGGCACGUGUGUGGACGGCGUGGCCAGUUUCACCUGUCUGUGUGAGCUGCCCUACAGCGGGCCCACCUGUGCCGACGUGCUCACCCCCUGCUCCCCCAACCCCUGUGCCAACCAUGCCUUGUGCACCCACACACCUGACUACCUGGGCUACCAGUGCAACUGCCAGCAAGGAUGGCAAGGUCAGCUGUGCAACAUUGACGUGAACGAGUGCAUCGCCAACCCGUGUAAGAACCGUGGUACCUGCACCAACACACAGGGAGGGUUUGUGUGCUCCUGCCGCGGCGGCUUCACCGGGCCCAGCUGUGAGACGGACAUCAACGACUGUGCCCCUAGUGAGUGACCAAUGAGAGACUAGCAACGUUCUAUUACUGUACUUCAUUAUCCAUAGGACCACUGUCUCUGCUGCUGCUGCUGUACAAUACCUGCCUCCAUAUCUGCUACUACUUCCUCCAACUCCAUAUCAUCCUCCUCUCCCUCCAUCCCUAACCCCCCUCUCUCUCUCCGUCUUCCUGCAGACCCGUGUCUGAGUGGGGGUUCCUGUACGGACGGUGUGAACUCGUUCCGCUGCAGCUGUCUGCCAGGCUUCACGGGGCCGCGCUGUGCCGUGGAGGUGAACGAGUGUCAGAGCGCCCCCUGUAAGAACGGAGGCACCUGCACAGACUACGUCAACAGCUACACCUGCACCUGCAGACCUGGCUUCACUGGCAUUAACUGUGAGACAAACAUCCCUGACUGCACUGAAAGGUGAGUCUGAUAGUCCGCUUCAGGGGGAGAGUGGUGUGUGUGUGUGUGUGUGCGUGCACAUGUGCCCUUUGUGACCUUUGAAACAGUGUGUGUUCUGAUGUGUGCAGAAUGGAUCAACAGUGAUAAUAUAACUAUCUUUUACCCUACACCCACAGCUCAUGCUUCAACGGCGGUACCUGUACAGACAAGAUCAACGGCUACUCCUGUACCUGCCGCUCAGGCUUCACAGGCUCCCACUGCCAGUAUGAGGUGAAUGAGUGUGACUCCCAGCCAUGCCUCAACGGAGGGGUCUGCCAGGACGCUCUGGAGUCCUUCCGUUGCUCCUGCCCCAAGGGAUACACAGGCAACCGCUGCCAGGUACACACACACAGCAUUUCUAUUCUAUACUAUUCUAUUCUAUACUAUUCUAUUCUAUAGUAAUCCAGAAAGCAUUAACACAAACACAUGUUCAGAUACUGUGGUGUUAAGCUGGUCCUCUUCUCUGUCUCUCCAGAUGCCAGUGGACUGGUGCAGACGAUCGUCUCCCUGUCAGAACGGAGGGCGCUGUCGUCAGAAGGACGCCUCCUUCUCCUGUGAGUGUCUGGGAGGCUGGUCUGGACGCUACUGUGACAUCCCUGGGGUUUCCUGUGAGGUGGCCGCGCUCAAGAGAGGUACGGACGCAUGCUCUGUUCUUGCUAUUUGUGUGUGUUUACUGUAAGUGUUUAGCACAGCGGUGUCCAACUCAUUUUGCCCCGGGGGCCGCAUUCGGUCUUCAACGAGGUCCAGAGGGUCGUACAAAAAAUGUGUUAUAUUUCCUCGGCAUCAAAAUUAGCAAAGAAUAGUCCUCUAUCCAUAGUUUUGGGAUUUGUUGAUGCUCCCUGACAGUCUAGCUUUCAUUUCGGUGAUUAUUAGCGAGCUGGACACAGUCAAGAAACUGUAUGAAUGUAGGUCCAUUAUCAUUUCUACACAGUUUCGAUUUGGUUUUAGUCAUUUUAAAGUAUAUGUUUAACACCCCUGGUUUAGCGCAUGUAUGCAGUAUGUGUUUAGAUGUAUACCGUGGUAUAACUGUCCCCGGUCUCUUGUCUGCUCCCAGGCCUCCAGACAGACGAGCUGUGUCACCACGGAGGUCACUGUGUCAACACAGGCAACACCCACUACUGUAAGUGUCCAACAGACUACACAGACAGCUACUGUGAGAGCCAGGUGGACCACUGUGAGGACAAACCCUGUCGCAAUGGCGCCACCUGCAGGGCCUACGUGGGAGGAUACCAGUGUGACGUGAGUCGGAUAAGUCAAGUCUGAAUUCUGUAUAAACUGCAGUUAAUGCCUUAAUGUUGUUGUAAUAUAGUUCUAGAUAUGAUGUUAAUGGUAUGUGUCUAUGGGCCUACAGUGUAUGCCAGGCUACACCGGAGAGAACUGUGAGAUGGAGGUCAACGAGUGCCAGUCUCACCCGUGCCAGAACGGUGGCACCUGCAUUGACCUAGUGGGACACUACAUCUGCUCCUGCCCACCUGGCACCUUGGGUAUGUCCUCACCCAUGUCCUCUUCCAUACUCACAACAUGUCCUCUUCCAUACUCACAACAUGUCCUCUUCCAUACUCACAACAUGUCCUCUUCCAUACUCACAACAUGUCCUCUUCCAUACUCACAACAUGUCCUCUUCCAUACUCACAACAUGUCCUCUUCCAUACUCACAAUAUGUCCUCUUCAAGAAGAACGAUUUCCAUAAUAAUCCUGUUUACAUGGACACAACUGAAAUCAGGCUGCUUGAUGGGACUUUGAUGAAUGCAGAAAAUUGCCAAUCAAAAUAAACCAUGUUCUUUUUGGGAAGCUUAUUUGAUAGGGUUCCCUAUCUGAGUUCGGACAUAUAAAGUUUGUAUGUGAAAGCUACUUCGGUUUUUCCAGACUCACUUCACUCGCGCAUAAGGGAGGCUGUGCUGCUGGUGCUGCCUGGCACAUGGCAGAUGAAAUACACUGCUGGAACUCAGAUUAACAUGUCCUAAUAAUUAGAAAGAUUGCUCAGAAAACCAGGUGUUUUAAUCGGCGUAUGCUUACUACCAUUAUAACCUUACGCUGAUUAAGAUAAGCAGAGUAAGGUGUUUACAUGAUUAAUGCCAUACUCUGCCUUCUGCCAUAAUCAGUUUAAUAUUUCAUUAUUAGUGUGCAUGUAAACGUACUCAAUAUUAAUUUCGCCUUUAGGUGUUCUGUGUGAGAUCAACGAGGAUGACUGUGCUCCUCCUCUGAGGCUGCGCGGGACUUCUCCUAAGUGUCUGAACAACGGUACCUGUGUGGACAGGGUGGGGGGCUACCGCUGUAACUGUCCUCCUGGCUUCACUGGAGAGAGGUGUGAGGGGGACAUCAACGAGUGUCACUCCAACCCCUGCAGCCCCACCAACAGUCUGGACUGCAUCCAGCUCCCCAAUGACUACCAGUGUGUCUGCAAGCCCGGCUUCACAGGUAAGGAGGGUGUGUGUGUAUAGUCGUAUUGUUGUGUAUAUAAAUGUGUGUGUUUGUAUCUGUUUGCACCAGACUAACGUGUGUGUGUGUGUUAUUGUGUGCAGGUCGUCGGUGCCAGAGCAGGUUCAGUGUGUGUGAGUCUCAGCCCUGUCAGAACGGAGGGGCCUGUUCUGUCUCCAGCAGCUCAGCCCUUGGAUACGCCUGUACCUGUCAGCUGGUAAGGAUCAACAUGUCACUGUCGCACACUUUUAUCUAGUGUCUAGUCCACCUGUGGAAACAGCUGAUAUUUCUAUAACCAUCUCCAUCUCCCUCACCUUCCCUGCUCACAUAGCAUAACCUAGAAACACAUGUCAAAGACCCCUGGAUUUAUUACAAUGCUAACAUCCAUGUCUCAUGUAUUGUAGUUGACCACAUGUCUGUUUCUUACCCACACUGACUCUAUAUGUGAAUGUUCUCCCUCCUCAGGGCUAUGCUGGGAACAACUGUGAGAGGAGCAUGUCGUGCCAGGAGUUGUCUUGCUAUAAUGGAGGUAGCUGUGCUCUGACCACGCGGGGCGCCCGCUGUACCUGCCUGACUGGCUACGCCGGGCCCCAGUGCCAGCACCGUAGUAACGAGGGCUGCUCCUCCCAGCCGUGCCGCAACGGAGGCCUCUGCACCGAGGAGACCAGCUUCCCCUUCUUCCACUGCCAGUGUGUCCAAGGCUGGACGGGCAAGCGCUGCGAGCAGGGCAGCACUAGGCUGGCAGAGCCCCCUCCGCCGCCCACCUGCCCCCUGCCCGACUGCCACGGCAAGGCCAAUGACGGUGUCUGCGACAAGGAGUGCAACACAUUCCUCUGCCGCUGGGACGGGGCCGACUGCUCGCUGGCGGUGAACCCGUGGGCGCGCUGCACCGACCCGCGCUGCUGGCGUGUCUUCAACAACAGCCAGUGUGACGAGGCGUGCAACAACGCUGACUGCCUCUACGACAACUUUGAUUGCAAGAACAAGGAGAAAAUCUGCAAGUAAGUACUCCACCUCCAUCAUUCUGUUCUGGACUCUCAUUCCUUCACCUGACCCUCUACUAUAUGUAACCCUCUAAGCUGAUCUCUCUAACUCUCUCUGUCGCCACCAGUCCCAUCUACAAGACGUACUGUAUCGACCACUACGCUGACGGUCGCUGUGACCAGGGCUGUAACUCAGAGGAGUGUGGCUGGGACGGUCUGGACUGUGCAAGGAACGUUCCAGAGGACCUGGCUGAAGGGGUGCUGGUCCUGGUGGUCCUGCUACCCCCGGAGGAGCUAGUACGUACGGGCACCCGCCUUCCUGCAGAAGCUCAGCGCCAUCCUGAGAACCACCCUUCGCUUCCGCCUGGACCAAAACGGAGAGGCCAUGAUCCGGCCCUACAUCCGGAGAGAGGCGCGCCUCAAACGAGAGCUGCAGCCCCACCAGGAGGUCAUUGGGUCCAUAGUGUACCUGGAGAUAGACAACCGUAUGUGUUCCCAGAGCUCUGAUGACUGUUUCCCGUCGGCAAACAGUGCAGCAGACUACCUGGGAGCCCUGUCAGCCGUGGAGAGGCUCAGAUUCCCAUACCCUAUCAAAGAAGUCCGCGGUGAGUAGAAACACACAGACACUAUACCAGGAUACAGCAUCUAAAGAUAACAUGAGAUAACAUUAAAAACAUUGAUAUAUAUGUCAUUUCUUCAUCAAAUACUGUAACCACUGCUCAUAUACUAAAGUCCUUGUUAUAACAUGUAGGUGAGAACUUCCCAGAAAUUAUAGACAUGCCAGAGUGGGGCAAACUGAUGCUGGUGGGCGUGGCAGCCCUGUUCCUAUUGGUCAUCCUGGUGUUGGGCGUGCUGAUCGCCCGCAGGAAGAGAGAACACAGCACCCUGUGGUUCCCUGAGGGUUUUUCCCCAAGAAGGAACCCAGCAGCAACAAGAACCGCAGGGAACCCU